AUGCCGACACCAGAUGAUAGACUUGAUGCUAUUGAUAACAUAAAAGAGAAGAUAAGUUUAACAGUUCAAGAAUCAGUAGAAAUUUUAGGAGGAAUGAUUAGUGAUUUUUGUGAAAAUUCGCUUCGUGAUGUUGAAUACCGUUCUCCAAUUAUACUUAUGAAGGGUACGAAAAGAAAUCAUGGCCCUUUACUUCCUCAAUCUGAGAAAAUUUUAUCUAACCUGACAUACAAUAUUGGAAAAAUUAUUAUGACUGGGGGUUUACUUGAUCAACUAACAACCUGCUCUAUGUCAGCAUCGAAAAACAAAGCCUGUUCUUUUGUCAAAUUGCAUCAUAAUUUUCAUAAAAUAUUGGCUAAUCUACUUCCAGUGUUAUAUCCAACGCAGUGCAAAGAGAGACAAAUGAAGCAUUUCAAAGAAGAUGGAAGCCUUCCUUUACACAUUGGAUUUGCCAACUGUCUCACUUACUGCAAAAUAAUAAAAAAGGAGAAAUGA